CCCUCGUGGCCAGAAGCGGAGCAGAUAGAUGGAUGCAAUAUUGUACUUGAAAGGCAACUGACCCCAAGUGGUAGUUCACGCAAACAGCACAGACGUGACAGACAAGUGUUGCUCUUUUGGACUAGUAGCCUACAUUUCCCAUCAAGUCUACAGGGAGGGCCCACAUUUUUUUUUAUUUUUUUGUGCUUUCAGUUUGCACUGCAUCAGCUGGAUGAGGACGCGCAACGGCAGCCUCUGUCACUCUCCGGGCGAAAGUACACUCUUUUUUUAAAAUUUUGAUUUAAUACUUAUUCCAAAAGCGUUUGAUAAAUAUUUUAGAGUUUUAGAUCAAAAUUAUCGGGGAAAACCACCCUACUCGGCACUGUUACGUUCCUGAAAUAGUUAUUCCAAACACAUUUUUAAAAAACACAUUAGAACGCGUUUUCCGCCUUCUCUCUUGGAAGACACUUGUGGCGUUCAGCAUCGGACUAAAGCUUUUUAGUUGGACAGAACAGCUCGCCAACGCCUUUCUGGACUCCUUUACAGCUCGGCGACUCUCCCCGCGACCCAUGAGCCGCUGAAAAAAAAAAGCACCAGACGACGACAUCGAGGAAAAGUAGUUUGAAAGUCACGAUGGGUUGCACCAUCAGCGCCGAAGACAAAGCUGCCGUGGAGAGGAGCAAGAUGAUCGAUAAAAACCUGCGAGAAGACAGAGAGAAGUUAUUGAGAGAAGUGAAGCUGCUUUUACUCGGUGCUGGGGAAUCGGGGAAAAGCACACUUGUCAAGCAGAUGAAAAUCAUUCAUGAAGAUGGCUACUCAGAGGAGGAGCGCAGUCAGUACAAAGUGGUGGUCUACAGCAACACCAUCCAGUCCAUCAUGGCCAUCAUCCGGGCAAUGGGACACUUAAAGAUCGACUUUGGCGACGAGGCCCGGGCGGACGAUGCCCGACAGCUCUUUGCGCUCGCCAGCUCGGCAGAAGAAGGGACGAUGUCAACGGAGCUCAGCGGCGUGAUCCAGCGGCUGUGGGCUGACAGCGGCGUCCGGGCCUGCUUCGGCCGAUCGCGAGAGUAUCAGCUCAACGACUCUGCUGCAUACUACCUGAACGACUUUGACAGGCUCUGUCAGCCCAACUACAUCCCGACCCAGCAGGACGUGCUGCGGACGCGUGUCAAGACCACAGGCAUCGUUGAAACUCACUUCACCUUCAAAGAGCUCUAUUUUAAGAUGUUUGACGUGGGGGGUCAGCGCUCAGAGAGGAAGAAGUGGAUUCAUUGCUUUGAGGAAGUCACAGCCAUCAUUUUCUGUGUUGCUCUCAAUGACUAUGAUCUGGUCUUGGCUGAGGAUGAGGAGAUGAACCGCAUGCAUGAGAGCAUGAAGCUGUUUGACUCUAUCUGCAACAACAAGUGGUUCACAGACACCUCCAUCAUCCUCUUCCUCAACAAGAAGGACCUGUUUGAGGAGAAGAUCGACAGGAGCCCGCUCACAAUCUGCUACCCGGAGUACACAGGUGAGAAUUCGUACCAGGAAGCAGCAGAUUACAUCCAGGUCAAGUUUGAAGACUUAAAUAAACAAAAGGACAGCAAGGCGAUCUACACCCACUUCACUUGCGCCACGGAUACCAAGAACGUGCAGUUUGUGUUCGACGUCGUCACCGAUAUUAUCAUCAAAAUCAACCUGGGGGAUGUUGGGCUCUACUAAGCCACAAAAGGUGUCUCAAGGGGACUCUGGUCGUCUUGACUGCUAUGUGUUGUCUGCAUAAGGUGCAGUGCAGUGUUUUACACAAGGACAAAGACGGUGCCGUCUGCACCAAGUGUCGCAUCCACCAUUGUGUGGACCUGCUUCAUGAUACCUUUUAGCCUUGGCAGGAUUUUUGCUGGGAUGGAGAGUUUGGUGAGAGCGGCUAGCCAAGCAAUCCCUGCGAGUUCUUUGCUUGGUCUUUGUAUUCGGGGCAGGUAACCGACAGCGUUGAACACCUUACAGUAUGUCUGUUUUCACACAGAAGCAGCUUAUAUGUUAAUUCACUUCAUCCGGUUAAAUGUUUUUCUUGCAAGUAGUUGGAUUACAUAGCUGUUAUUUUGAAAUUGGCUCCCAGUGUUGCCUUGGCGUCUUUGAAUGCCAACUUUCAUAGGGGACAUUGUUUUAUAUAUACGUCCUGGGUUCACUUAGCAUGACGUCUAAUAGAUUCCACAGCGGCACAAUAUGACUUUUGAUUUUAUCGAAUGAUAUCAAGGAAGAUUGUGCAAUUUCUUGGCUCAUAUUUUUUCAUAUACCCCCCCCCCCCAAAGAUUAAAAAGUGCAUAUUUGUUUAACAGCUCUCACUUCAUACUCAGGAGUCCUUUAUUCUUUCUCUCGUGUCUUGUUCAAAGAAGGUCGAUCAAUCAUUUUUCCCAUUUGGAAUUUGCAUGUCUUUGCUCUGAAUUUAUAUUGGCUCAUUUUAACAUCAUUAGCCGAGAGGAAGAAAAAAAAAAGCUGCCCUCCCCUUUGAAUCGUUUAAAAUCAAAACCUCCCACCAGAUCGCUGAUGUCCAACUUGAAGACUUAAAAACGGCCACUUCCAAACAAAGCACCGAAGGUUGGAAUGGAAAUGGAAAAUGGGAUUUAUAGGGACACGUUUGAAGCGUGAUGACCUGUUGCCCGUGUAGUACAACACACCGUAAACAUGAACGAGGUCGCCUGCCCGCAGUGAAAGACAGCAGGCAAUGCUCAAGCAACACAUGUAAAUAUUGCUAUUUAACAAGGCAAGAAAAUGUACUUUCACAGAUGCAUAUAAAGAAACAAGAAGGGUAUUUGGUGACUGCUAUGCGCAUCUUUGAUUACUGUGUUGCACCACGUCUCGAGCGGCUUUGAGAACUGAUAAAAUUGAAGAAAUUUUCUCCAUAGUGUACAUCACCAAAUUCCAUCCAUGUUCUGAUCCGCUUGAUCCUUACAAGGGUCAACGACAAUAUUUGUAGCACAUGUUCCCCUUCGCUACCACCCCCAUUCCGAAUUCUUUUUCCCCCACUGACAACUAUUCUCGGGACGCAUUUUGGUCCGCUGUCAGCAUUUACACUUUUGAUGCGACUGCUCUGCUUAAUGGAUAUAAAUACUCCGCUUAUCACUUGUUGGAAAUUACAGGGUUUUUUUUUGGGGGGGGGGUUGCUUUGCUUCAUUUGUGAAUUGUACUUUCAUGAAAGUUUUCAAUUGAUCAAAAAUAAAACAUGAAUGUUGAAUUGAAUGAAUAUGUUUCUUAAAGGGUGCCACGGCGACCGACUGGUUAGCGCGCCAGCCUCACAGUGAAGGGGGUCCUGGGUUCGAUUCCAGCUCCAAGCCUUCCUGUGUGAAGUUUGCAUGUUCUCCCCGUGCCUGUGUGGGCUUUCUCCGGGUACUCCGGGUUCCUCCCACAUUCCAAAAAUAAUGCAUGGCGGGCUGAUUGAACACUCUAAAUUGUCCCCAGGUUGAAGUGUGAGCACGAAUGUUUGUACGUCUCUGUGUGUGCUGCGAUUGCCUGGCAACCGGUUCAGGGUGUCCCCCACCUACUGCCCGAAGGCAGCUGGGAUAGGCUCAACAAGAAUGACUUCCACUCGCACUUUAUGGCCCAAAUCAGUCCAAGAACGUCAACAAAAUGAUUUGCGGCGCAUCAUAGCUGCUUGAUGCUUUUGACUGAGUAAAAACAAGAAACACAUGGAGAGAGAGAUGCGGGAUGCAGCUUUAAUUCACUCCUCUACAUUUCAUAAGAAAGGACAAACUGUCAAUUUUCAUUCCCUUUUAUCAUAAAGCAUAUACAGUAUAUAUAACGUGCAUUUUAUUAUUGUUCAAAGCAGUUAUGAAUUAACUAUGUACAAUGUUUCUCUAGCAUGUUCGCAUAUCACAAACGUAUUUUUUCCUCCUUAUAAUGUCGGGUGUAUCGAAAACAUCAGCACUAUUUUAAAUGAGAUACAUGUUUGUAAUCUGGUCAUUCUGCAAGCAUGGUGAAUCAUUUCACAUAUUUGCCCCCCGCAACAUUUUACAGUAAUAUCAAGACCACAGAGACUACGGUACUCAAAAAAAAAAAAACAACAAAAAAACAAA